UUUCGCAUCACAGUGAACGCAUCGGUGGAACGCAUCCUUUUUUAAUCUACCUCGAAUACCGUUCAUCAUGUCUAAACUCUACCACGGUGUUGUUAAUACGGCUGAUAAGUUUGUUCCUAACGCGCUGAGACCAUUAUGGAAUCAUGCUGCUGGCCCCAAAACCGUCUUCUUCUGGGCGCCAGUGUUCAAAUGGGGGUUGGUUGUUGCCGGAUUGAGUGACCUUCGGCGCCCUGCGGAUCAACUGUCAAUAUCUCAAUCAGCCUCUUUGGCUGCAACCGGGAUCAUUUGGUCUAGAUAUUCGCUCGUUAUAAUCCCCAAAAACUGGGGAUUGUUUUCCGUGAACCUCUUCGUGGCCGGCACACAAAUAGUUCAACUGUACCGUGCGUACAAUGCGUCGCAGCAAGCCAAGAAAACCGCGACGGAAUAACUACGGAAGGCCUCACGAUCCUGCUCUGCUACUGUACAUAGUGCGCGUUAGUAUGUUCUUUGGUAUCAAUGUGUGUACAGGAUAAAUAAAUGGAUAAACAUUAUAAAUGUUUUACAGUUAAUUAAAAGUUC